CUCGAGUUGAACGGUCAAAUUGUGGUGCGACCGAUUUGAAGAUCAGUGCCACUGCAAAAGCCAGGACGAAGUGCGCGGACAGGGUCCUGCAUGGCGACACUAUUUGAACGGGUAGUCUGGCGUACUACGUCAAGAAGUCCGCUAUAAUCGUCACAGACGUCUGGAUGGUUGUGGCCACGUCAAACACGCGUCGCAUGAGUCAGCCGCAGCUGUGAUAUGUCGAGCAUGGCGUCCACGAGCACCCCGAACGCUCGCGCCUUCGUGCAAGGCCAGGGUGCCCGCUUCCACCCUGGCUGGGAUGCCAGGAAUGCAUCUUACGAUCCAUUGUCAGAUUCACUCAUUCCCAAUGGCGAUCGAAGAAUCAAGGACGCCGCCAAGAAGCAAGAAGAAAUCUUUCUUCGAGUUAUGGCGGAGCUCGAGAAAAUGACAGAUUACAAACCCGGUGACUUCGACCUCCGAAAGCGACACAAUUGGCAGGAAGUACUGACGAUCGCGAACCAAUCCGCUGAACGAUACAAAGAUCGUGCGAAGGGUAUCAAAGGUCUGUUCAAGAGGGUGGGCAGAGGAUUAGGUGAUAUCAAUGAUGCCGUAGAACCCGUUCUUGGUAUGUUACCGUCUGGAGAAUACACGUCGAUCGUCUGCGCGUUAAACUCCUGUUUCGAGCAUUCGUCCGCAUGGCGGAGAUUCGGCGCAAGGUCCUUGACGCCUUAGGA